CACCACACGUUUCACAAAGGAAUCAUCGCUUUACAACCAGUGAAAAUGCUACCACCAUCCAUAGCAUCAAUUCCAGAAGCAAGAGAAGAUUACCCUGGAUCUUCCUUAGUUGAAAGAACCGCCCGUCUUUUGACAAUUCCUGAUUUGGGACCUGGUGAUUUGUGUAACAUUCACAAGUAUCAGCUCAAUUCUAAAAAGGAAACCGAAAUUGGUACGUUCUUGUACUUUACUGGUGUUGACACUUCGAAUGUUGCUUCAAUUGCUGCUCAUUUACAAAGUUUGGCCAAUUUGAUGACCUCAAAGUCACAAUACUGGUUUGGUGAUAAGAAGCAUUGGAAAGUUCCUGAAUUGAGCUAUUGCAGUUAUAAUGCUUUCAGCAAAGUUGAUAUGAGAGUUACUGUCCACAUUCCUGGGAAGUUAGAUGUUGUUGUUGUUAACUAUGAUGGAAAAUUGAUUCAAGAUAAGUUAAGUUCUGAAGAAUUGGACAGAUUCUGGCUAGAAACUUUUGUUUGUGGGAUUGUUAGAGCAGUAUUAGAAUCUGAUGAUGAUCCAGAUACGAACAAAGUUGGCGGUGGAUUAGUGGAAGUCCGUAAGAUUAAUCCAUUCAAUAAUGGUAUUGUCUCAAAAGAAUUAUUGAAUAACUUCUUGCAAGGAUUUGAGGAGUUGUUCUUUCAGGGAUACAAGUUAGGAUGUACAGUGGAUUUCCCCCAACCUACCUUGAUAAACAAUUAUCUUGUUGAUGGAUUUAUGAAGGUGAUUGAAUUGACUCAAACUUAUGAUCAAGCUUUGGAAAUCCUCGAAAGAUUACAAAAAGAGGAACCUAGUGUAAUUUCCUUAAUUGCUCAAGUAUUAUUAUUAAAACAAGAUGAGGUUGAAGCAGUUAAAGUUAUGAAUGAGGGUAUUACUCAAAACAAACGUGAUGUCAAUUUAUUAAUUUUGCAAACUGAAUAUGUCUUGGAAAAGAAGAAACCCGAAUUGGCGCUUGAAUUAGCCAAACAAGCGGUUAAAUCAUCACCUUCUGAUUUCAAAGCAUGGUCAAUCUUGGUUAAAUGUUAUAUCAGAUUAGGAGAUUUUGAAAAUGCAUUGUUAACCUUGAACUCCUGCCCUAUGAAUUCCCAUCGCGAAAAAUACCAAUUAAAACGUAUUGUCCCACUCAAGAAUGGAAGUGAAGAUUUACAUUUGCCUUCUCCAACAGAUGUCACUCUUGAUGAAGUAUCUAACUUGCAAAGUAAUGAAAUUAGUUACGAACAAAGAAAUUUGGAUGCACAAUUAACCAAUUUGCCUGCCACCAAUUUAAAAUCCACCUAUGCUAAGGCUUAUGAUUUAUUAACUGAUAUUGUUGUCAAGACCGGCUGGGAGGCUUUAUUGAAGUACAGAGCUAAAGUAUUUGUUAUGGAAGAAGAAUAUCGUAAAGAUAUUAGAGGAAGUGUGAGCAGUGCUAAUAACGGAACUACCAAGGAACCAUUGAAUGGAGCUGAAAACUUGACCGUUGCAGAAACUACUGAAACAGUCAAUGAGGAAGAUAACUCUUCCACCAUGGCUAUAAAAUCUCCUCAAAAAGAAAACUUUGACGAUAGUACCACGGUUGAUAUUGAUGCCGUCACCACAGAAGCUGUCUCAUUUGAAGAUGAAUUUAAACGCAAGAGAUUAUGUGAAAGAUGGUUGGAUAACUUGUUUAUGUUGUUGUAUGAAGAUUUACGAGUAUACACCAUGUGGCAAGCUGAAUCCUUACAUUUCCAAGCCCAACAAAUGGAAUACAAAAAAACCACUUUGGAAUGGGAAAUUCUUGGUUCAAUCGCCUAUAGAUUAAAGCAUUUCAAAGAAGGAUCUAUUGCUUUCAGUAAUGCGUUAAGCGGAAGAUUCUCACCUCAAUCACAAAGGGAAAUUAUGAGAUAUUAUGUUAUGGAAAGAUCAAAACUUUUAACCAAGAGUUCAUCAGGCGCAAGCAACAUUCACAAUUAUACAAAAUUAAUGAACCAAUUGAAUGAGAAGAUUCUUGAUAGUAUUAUAAAAUUAUUAGUGUGGAACCACAGAUGGUAUAGUGACUUCUCACCCGGGUUAUUAUUAUCGUUAAGCGAUUUAGUGGCAUGGGAAGGGUCUAUCAAGAUUCAAAGUUCAGUUCGGGCAUUAUAUUCUGAACUGACCGGUGUUACUAGCAGUGACAAAGAUCAUAUUGGGAACCAUGGUAUAAUUGAUAUGAUGGAUGAUUUAGAUGUUGAUUAUAUUAAAUUGUAUAAAUUAAGUAACGCUGAUGAAUAGACAUUGUACUAUUGGUCUAAAUGAAACACUUGUAUACAGAGG